GCCAUGUCUCGGAGCCCCUCUCCUGCCUAUGUGGAUGACAAGACCUUGCUCCUGGAGUACCGAUGCCACCCAGUGCAGCCGGUGCCCCCCAGCCCAAGCUGUGCCCCCGGGAACCGCAGCUCCACCACGGCUCCCAAUGCCACCUCACUGUCACCACUGGCCUCCCCCACCUCGGCCGAGCCGCGUCGCAUCAUCCUCAGCACGGACAGCCCGGCCGCGCUGAAGGUGGGAACGCAGCAGCUCAUCCCCAAAAGCUUGGCCGUCUCCUCCAAGCCCAAGAACAGCCCUUCCCGGCACCAGAGCUUCGGGGCGAGACGGGAACCCCUGAGCCCCGACCCAAAGCGGGUGGCCGUCCCCAUCCUGGCCCCGGAGGCAGAGGAUGAGGAUGAUGGCGGAGGGGCCCUCAAGCGCAACCUGAGGAACAUGUCCUACCGCGCGGCCAUGAAGGGGCUGGACGCCGGGCUGGACACCGAGCUGGGGCCAGCCAAGGCCGCUCCCUCACUGAAACCCGUGUCUGAGGAUGGCAGUGCCCUGCCCAGCCACAGCCCGGCCAGGAGCAAGAGAACCCUCGGAAGGAAGCGGGUGCAGAAGCGUGGUGGCUCCUUCAAGGACCAGCCCCGGCUGUAUCAGGAGAUCCGUGAGAGAGGUCUGAACUCUGUCAGCCAUGAGUCAGACGAGGACUUGCUGGAGGAGUCCCUGCCAGAGGAGCCAUCCUCUCUGGGCUCCACGAUCAUGGUGCAGAGCUACCGCCCGGCCCAGCUGACCUGGAGCCAGCUCCCAGAGGUUCUGGAGUCGGGCAUCCUGCAGAGGAUCUCACCCGAGGAGCGCAAGCGGCAGGAGGCAAUGUUUGAGAUCAUCACUUCUGAGUACUCCUACAUGCACAGCCUGAGCAUCCUGGUGGGCCACUUCAUGAAGUCAGAGGAGCUGAAGGAGACCAUGACUCAGACAGAGCACCACCACCUCUUCUCCAACAUUGGGGACAUCCUGACAGUCAGCACGAGCUUCUUUGAAGACUUGGAGAAGCGACACCAGGAGCACCUCCUGAUCCCUGAUAUCAGUGACAUCGUGGAGGAACACGCCUCAAAACACUUCAACCCCUACAUCAGCUACUGCUCCAAUGAAGUCUAUCAGCAGAGGACACUGGAUAAGCUGCUAACCACAAACCCCUUAUUUAAAGAGACCCUGAAACAAAUCGAAAGGAAACCAGAGUGUGGAGGCCUGCCAAUGAUCUCAUUUCUCAUUCUGCCCAUGCAGAGGGUAACACGGCUUCCUCUGCUCUUAGAUACCAUCCAGCAAAAAACAAACGCAAGCACUGCAGCGUACGGAGCUGCCACCCGCGCUGUGAAGGCCAUCAGCAAGCUGGUCAAGAGCUGCAAUGAUGGAGCUCGGGCUAUGGAGAGGACAGAGCAGAUGUACACCUUGCAGAAACAGCUGGAAUUUGGGAAGAAGAAGCCCUUCCCGCUGAUCUCGGUGUCCCGGUGGCUGCUGAAGCGGGGGGAGCUGCACCUGCUGCUCUCGGAGGAGGCCGGGAUCUUCCGCCGCGGUGCCGGCCGCCUCUGCCACCUCUUCCUGUUCAAUGACGUCCUGAUCAUCACCAAGAAGAAGAGCGAGGAGAGUUACACGGUCAUGAACUACGCCACACUGGACCAGGUCACUGUGGAGAAGGUGGAGAGCUCAGAUCCACCCUCCCCUCCUCCUGGCAAGGCCGGUGGGCACCUGCUCCGAGUGGUGCUGGAGAAGGACAGUGAGGGCCGGCGGGAAGAGGUGGUGCUGUCAGCAGAGACGCUGAGUGACCGGGCCCGGUGGAUCGCGGCGUUGAUGCACAGGGAGAAGGAAAAGCCCGACACCACUCCCAAAGGAGACCUGAGCCAGGUGGAGAUCACCCGUGCCUACCUGGCCAAGGAGGCGGACGAGCUGUCCCUGCAGCAGGCAGACGUAGUCCUGGUGCUGGGGGGAGAGGAUGGCUGGUGCUGGGGGGAGCGGCUGCGGGACGGGGAGCGGGGCUGGUUCCCCCAGGCCUGUGCCCGGCCCAUCACGAGCCGCGUGGCCGCGGAGGGCAACGUGCGGCGCAUGGAGCGGCUGCGCAUCGAGACCGACGUGUAGGGACAGCCCCGAGGGACCCUCUGCCUCAGGGAGCUCCAGACCUCUGCAGACUGAGCCCAUGAGGAGGCAGCAGCAGAGCCUUUCUUCCUGAGCUGUGCUUGUCUCGGGUGGCAGAUCCCAUCGGCCAGGACAGGUCCGUGUGGCAGCUGGGGCACAGCAGCUGCUGCAGUGAGAGCUGGCGCCGGGCACUCCUGGCAGCGCUGGCACCGGUGACCUGGAACAGGCUCCGGGAGCAGCCGAGGGCUUGGCUCAGGUUGGAAAGGCUGGAGCUGUUCUGGGCUCUGAGGUGCCCGUGCCACCGUCUCCGUCCCCGCUGGCAGCUGGGCCAGCACCUGCUGCACACUUGGUGUGGGGAGAGCACACCCCACUCAGGGAUUGUUAGGAGCUGAAAUCUGGGUGCUUGGCUUAUUCCUCAACCCAGUUUUUGCUCCUGUUUCUUUUUUCUGGCCCUCUCCCCAACAAUAAUUCUUGUGCCCUUCAGGCAGAGCCGUGCCCUGCACAGGUGAGGUGAUGCCAGACACCUUUCAGUCCCUUGAUAAAAUAUUUGAUGCCAGAGUUGUUCCCAUGGACUCAGCUCUGGGGCCAGGAAGGAGAUAUGCUCCAGGCAGAGGGGGAAGCAGGGGCAGGAUGAGGAUGCUGCAGCUCCCACCUGCCUUUCCCUCCUCCCAGCCUGGGGAGGGUGUUCUGCCCAGGGCUCAUCCCUUCACACCUCGUGCAGGGGAUGUGGCAGCUACAAUUUUGGGGUGAGCCAGCCCCAUACACUGCCAGCUUCACAUUCACAGGGGCAGCGUUGAUG